AUGGAAAACCAAACUUCUGUGACUGAAUUUAUUCUUCUUGGUUUCCCCAGCAUUCAGAAGGUUCAUGUUUUGCUCUUUGUGGGUGUCUUGGUCAUCUACCUUUUGACUGUCACUGGGAACAUCAUCAUCAUUGCCAUAGUGCUAACUGACUGCACUCUCCACAGGCCCAUGUAUUUCUUCCUCGGAAACCUCUCAUCCUUAGGAAUCCUCUACGUCUCAGCUACAAUCCCCAGACUCUUGGCCAAUCUCUUGGAUGCCAAGAAGUCUAUCAGCAUAGCUGGCUGCAAAGCUCAAGCCUUCUCCCAUUUUUUCCUAGGUGCCACUGAGUUUUUCCUCCUCACAGCCAUGUCCUUUGACCGCUACCUAGCCAUAUGCAGCCCUCUCCAUUAUACCACCAUCAUGAGUGGCAGACUGUGCGCUCAGCUGUCUUUUGCCUCUUGGGCUGGUGGUUUCCUGACUGUCUUUGUGCAAAGCUUUCUGGUGUUCCAACUGACAUUCUGUGGCCCCAAUGUCAUCAACCACUUCUACUGUGAUGUGGAGCCACUGUUGCAGUUGGCUUGCACUGAUACUCGCUAUAUUAAAAGGAUCAUCUUCACAGUCACUGCCGUAGUUCUGUUCAGCACUUCCAUUCUGACCACUGUCUCCUACUCCUUCAUCAUUUUCACCAUACUGAGGAUCCCGUCUGCUUCAGGGAGACAGAAGGCUUUUUCCACUUGCAUUGCCCAUCUGUCGGUACUUCUCUUGCUUUAUGGAGCAGUCAUAUUUAUUUAUGCCAGGCCAAGCGGGCAUGCCUCGCUAGGUAUGAACAAAGCGGUGUCCCUUCUGAACACCCUUGUGACACCACUGCUCAACCCUUUCAUUUAUACCUUGAGGAACAAGGAGGUAAAGACUGCCCUAAAAAAGGCACUCAUCAGAAAUAAAAUGCUUGAGGUAAAAAAGUGA